AUGAAUGUGGAGUUGGAUAAGAUCGAGAUACCUGAUUAUCCAUCAGGAUCGUACAAUUUUAUCCGACGUCUUCGCAAAGAGAAGGAAUGGACAGGGCCGACACUGGUCAAAAGCAGUCUAUCGAAUGGAGCAGCUGCAAUCGCACACGGACGAACGGACUCCGUUGUAACGAAUGGAACAAGCGGGACACGUGAGCAUCGAUGGGUGAAACUGAAAGUGGCCAUCAUCGGCGCCGGCGUUGGGGGACUCUCGAAUGCGAUUGCUUUGGCUCAAAUAGGCCAUGAUGUGUCGGUGUAUGAACAGGCUUCUGCUUUGAGUGAGGUAGGAGCUGGUAUCCAGAUUCCCCCGAAUUCAGCCCGGAUUCUCCAUUCCUGGGGCUUAUGUUCUGCACUUGAACGGCGGUCUGUCAAGCCAGCGGCUCUGAUUUGGCGACGCUGGGAGGAUGGCUCUGUCAUUGGCAAAGCGAGGCUCAAUCCUGACAUCAAGGAACGGUUUGGCUCGCCGUAUUAUGUUACCCAUAGGGCGCACUUGCAUGAAGUCUUGCAUGAACGCACAGUUGAACUGGGUGUUUCUGUGUAUUUGUCGAAAAGAGUGCAGAAGUACGACACGCAAAAUGGCGAAGUGACAUUUGUCGAUGGCCAGAUGAUCCACGCGGAUCUCAUUGUCGCUGCUGACGGAUUGAAGUCGUUGGCUCGCCGGGAGCUCAAUGGCGACAAAGACAAAGGGCCUUGGAGCCAUGGGCUUUCUGCAUAUCGAGGAACAAUCUCCAUUGCUGAUAUAAGGGCAGACUCGUUGACCAGGUGGAUUGCCGAGCAGCCCAAUCUCCAUUUGUGGGUCGGACAUAACCUACAUGUAAUGAGCUAUGCCAUUGCUGGAGGAGAACGUUUUAAUUUGGUUGUCACUCAUCCGCAAAAUCACCAUGAGGGUCCUGAGCAAACCAUGCCUCAAGUGCUAGAGAAGAUGAGGGCACAAUAUGCUGGAUGGGAUCCAUGUCUGAGGCGACUCCUGGAGAUGGUGACUUCAACACUAGACUGGCCUAUCAACUGCAUCGAUAUUCCUGAAAUCUGGUCAUCUCCAUCAGGUAAAUUUCUGAUCACAGGCGACGCAGCUCAUGCAAUGGUACCGUACAUGGCAUUGGGGGCUGCAAUGGCAGUGGAAGAUGCUGCUGCACUCGCUGCCACGUUGAAGCAUGUCGGAUCAAUAGAAGGCCUGCCAGUAGCGAUAUCCAGGUGGGAAGAAGCGCGGAAACCUCGGGUCAAGAGAGUCUAUGAAGCCAGUUUUGGUCAUGGCCUGAUCUUACAUCUUCCGGACGGACCAGUGCAGCGAGCCCGUGAUGAAGCUAUGAAGGCGGAGCUUCAGCAGGCAGAGAUCAAGGAAAGUCCCAACCAGUGGAGUGACCCAGUGUUGACCGAGUGGGCGUAUGGACAUGAUCCGGAGGCGGAAAUAGACCGACUAUGGGCUGCUGCACACAUGGAAUUAUAG